AGUGCGCUGUGGCUUGGCCUGGCCCACUUUCCUGAGAAGUGUUUGUCACGCCUUCUCUGCAGGAGGCAGCUCCACGCCGUCACUUGGUCCCGGGUCUCGGAUACACACGUUUGGCCCGCAUCGACGUGCUGUGAGUUGUAGUAGUUGCGCAACAGUUCACGCAGAACUAUGGGAACUAGGAGGCAUGGCACACGAGGAACUUAUUCUAUAAUGCUCCGUGGUGAUUAUAACUUAUUCUGAAGUCGCGUUAAUUUUUUCAUUUUUUUCUUUUUCUUGUUAUCUUUUCACAAAACCUGGGAAUAUUGGAUUGCGAAGGUCUCGAAAGAAAGCGCGCUGUGGUUCGGUGGACUGACUUUUCAAGCGGGGAUGGCCACUGCAAGACUUGAUUACGUUGCUCCGUGGUGGACAUACUGGCUGCACAAUUUCCCCCACUUCAAUUUAUUUUUCCAGUCGGUCGACAACACUUUUAAGCCGGAGGAGGCGAGCUAUCAGCAGUCUCUGAUAUUCCUAGCAUGUGUUGGAGCGGUGGGUCUGGGUCUGAGCCUGCUGGUCGUGGCGGUGUGCCUGAUCUGCGUAUGUUGCUGCCGCAGAGACGUCGAUGAAGACACCAAAAGGCCUGAAUCCUGCUGUCUCACCUGGGCUGCUGUCAUCACAGGUCUCAUCAUAUGUUCGGCUGUGGGAGUGGGUUUCUAUGGUAACAGUGAGACCAACGAUGGCGUGUACCAGCUGACCUACUCGCUCUACAAUGCCAAUCACACAUUGGGUGGCAUCAACGAUCUGGUUGCAGGAUCUGUGGGUAAUGUUCAAACUGGACUCAAACAGCACCUGGAGCGCCUGGAUGAAAUAUUUGCCAAAAGGUCGGACUACCUCCAAGCUCUUCGCUUCAUGCAGCUGAUGAUCAACAACGUCAUUCGUGAGAUGACCACUCUGCCGGAUAUAAGUAAAGCUAAUGUUGACUUGGCAGCCAUCGCAGACCAAACAGCCUUUAUUGAGUAUUACAGAUGGCUGACCUAUCUGCUGCUGCUCAUCCUGGAUCUGGUCAUUUGCUUGGCCAUGUGCUUGGGGAUGGCCAGGCAUUCUCGAUGGCUGCUCAUCACGAUCAUGGCUUUUGUCGUGCUGUCUGUGAUGCUAAGCUGGGCCUCACUGGGAGCGGGCACUGCCACAGCUGUGGGCACCAGCGACUUUUGUGUGUCUCCAGACAAGUUUAUCGUGAACCAAACCAAGGAUUUCCUCAGUGCAGAUGUUGCACACUAUUAUUUGUUCUGCAGCCCGAAUCUACCAAACCCUUUCCAACAGUCUUUGACGGUCUGCCAGCGUUCCCUGACCACCAUGCAAAUCCAGAUCCAGGGCUUGCUGCAGUUCUCCGUCCCCGUCUUUCCCACUGCUGAGAGAGACCUUUUGGGGAUCCAGCGGCUGCUGAACUCGACUGAGUUCAGUCUCCACCGGCUAACAGCCUUGCUUGAUUGCCGUGGGCUCCAUAAGGACUACCUGGAUGCACUAAUGGGUGUAUGCUAUGAUGGGGUAGAAGGGCUCCUCUACCUCUCUCUGUUUUCUCUGCUGGCUGCCUGCGCGCUCUCUGCCAUGCUGUGUGCGAUUUUCAGAGUGUGGACACUAAUGGGCAGCAGAGACAAAGAGUAUGACGACAUAGAUGAGGAGGACCCAUUCAACCCCCAAGCGAGGCGACUAUCCUACAACUCAAGACGGUCCAACAUCCACAGUUUCUGCAGUUUCACCAGCAGCCUCGGUAGCCAGGCCAGCCUUCAUCCACCUCCGCAAUCUGCCUCGAAUGGCGCGCCACCUCCUGAAUACAUGAAUCAGUCCAUGUUGUUUGGAGGGAGUCCUCGGUAUGAGAAUGUGCCGCUGAUAGGGAGAGGAUCCCCACCUCCCUCGUACUCGCCGAGUAUGAGGACCACCUAUCUCUCUUUGACUGACGCCCAGAUCAGACACUUUGGGACUGACUUCCAGGUGUAGCCCGCUACAUACUGAAUCCUUUUUAAGGAGGCACUGUCUGAGACUCUGGGUUCUUACCGAGGAGGCUGUCUCCAUAGCGUAAUCCUGUUUACAGGAGCUGCAGCCUGCUGUCCCAAUCUGAGACGUGAAAGCAGGCCGCAUGACGCUAUUCCCUCCGAAACAGACCAAUGCAGUGCUCUGAAAGCCCUGCAUGCCGUUUUAAACUGAGAUGGCCUGAAAAGUUCAUCUCAAGACUGUUGUUGAUGUUAUUAUGAUGUUUGGAAACACUGUUCCUCCAAUAAAGGCAUUUAAGUUAGCCAAUUCAAGAGGCUCUGAGCUGACUGGUUCAAACAUG